ACACGUCAAAGAACAACUUCUCAGAACAGAGCAGAAAGAAAUCUUCUACCAUCUAAUCUAAUCUAUCAGGAUCUUGAGUUCCCCGUAAUGUUAAAUUGACUCAACCCUGCGAAACAGUGACAUCGUUGCUCCCUCGAAGAAAUUAUAGAAAUUUAUCUUGUUUCUCUUGUUUCAGUGAGAUGAAAGGUUAUUAUUGUGUGAAAUUAUUUCAGUGUUUUCAAACUUUGCAACUUGUCAGAGUUUCAUUUAUUUCAUAGCAUUGAUGGAUCAGUGUGUCUGCUGAAGUAAAUGCUCAAAAGUGCAAAUUCCCACCUGAUUUAAAUAAUGUGGUUUUCUUGUUUGCAGAGGUCAGCCUCAACUGACUUCAACGUGCCAGUGCCCGGCUGUCCCCCUGAUUGGACUCGGUUGGGCUCUCGCUGUUUCAUCUUCCGAAACACUGCCAAGGUUUUCGGUGAUGCAGAGAGCGUCUGCAUUUCUCUUGGUGGGAAUCUGGCUUCGAUCCACAGUGCUGAGGAAAAGAGUUUUAUUAGAGAGCUGAUUAACAAAGGGUCUGGCUCAUAUUUACGUACCUGGAUAGGAGCCCAUGAUGGAGUAAAGGAGGGAAUGUGGUUAUGGACUGAUGGCUCAAGGUUUGACUACCAAGACUGGCAUUCAGGGGAGCCUAACAAUCGCCACGUAGAAAACUGUGCAGAAAUAAAUUGGCAAGGAGAAAAAUGGAAUGACAUUGCAUGCGGCCAUCACAGAUCAUUUGUUUGUGCAAAAGACUUGUGAUGCCUCCCAACAUUGACAUCAUAUCUGCUGUUGAUGGUACUUUCUGUGUCAUGAGGCUUCAGUGACAUCAGUGUUGGCUCUAGUGACACUUAAAAGUCUUGUUUGGUAUGAAAUAAAGAAUCAUUCUGUGUGUAUAAGUUUUCUUUUUCUUCACCAAUUCUGGGGUUUAAAAUAUAAAUUUCUUGAGUGCUGUAAUCAAAACAUAGUUUCAAAUUGGAAAAAGUGUAUGAACCCAAGUAACAUUUAAUGGCUGUCAUCAAGUCACCCUGACAGUUGUUUUAGUUUUAGUGAUUGUUUCCAUUUUGACAUUGUAUGAUACUCCAUAAAGCUGGUCAUAGUGUAUAUAACAUUCAUAAUCUUCAUUAUUUCUAUUUUUUUAAAUGUAUUCCUGUUUUACAGUGUUCUAUUGUUGUUGAUUGCUGUGAUUUCACUGUCUGUCAAAGAACAUUGUAACCUAAAAGGGUGUAUACAGUAUAUAAGGUUGAUUGUAACAAAGACUUUAAAAAUCUCAUUAGAGCUGCAUUAACAAUUAUUUUCAUUGUUGAUUAUUUUCUCAACUUUCUCUGAGAAUGGACUUCACAAUGAAGGAAGAAACACUUUGAAACAUUUGCAUAUUCAUUGAUUCUGUAUUUUUCAAUGAGGGAGAAGGAAUAGAUAAA